UAGCGAGGCACGUUGGAGAGCGACGCACGUACGUAAGCUACGCGGACGUUGUGUCUUGUUGCUGUUAGCCGUUAGCUCGCGUUAGCCUCAGCAUGGCGGACGGCGGAGGAGUGGACGAGCUGUCCCAGCUCGAGUAUCUGUCUCUGGUGUCCAAAGUCUGCACGGAGCUGGACAACCAUCUCGGAAUCAGCGACAAAGAUUUAGCUGAGUUCGUCAUCGACCUCGCGGAGAAGCAGCCGGCCUUCGACGGGUUCAAAGCUCUGCUGCUGCAGAAUGGAGCCGAGUUCACGGACUCUCUCAUCGGGAACCUGCUCAGGCUCAUCCAGACUAUGCGACCUCCAUCCAAGGCCUCCACGAGCAAAGCCUCGGAGGUUUUGGUCAAGCCGAAGUCGGAGAAGGAAAAGUUGAAGGAGCUUUUUCCCGCCCUGUGCAGACCGAACGAUCCAGCACCGAAGAAGCUGCUGGAUGAAGACGAUGUGAAAGUAGCAGCCGAUGCCAUGAAGGAGCUGGAGAUGUUCAUGCCCAGUGUGAGCGGCACAGACUCCAAAAGCAGCAAGAGCAGGUCAGAGAAGAGACGCCACAGCCGAAGUCGCAGCAGAAGCAGAGAAAAGGACAGACACAGAGACCGAGACAGGGACAGAGACAGAGAUCGGGACAGGAAGAGGCGGCAUCGCUCUCGCUCGCGCUCCAGGUCCAGAUCUCGCUCCAGAGACCGCGACCGCCACAGAGACAGAGACAGAGAUCGCGGCAAGAGAAGUAACAAAUCUUCCCGCUGGAGCGAGCGCUCACCGAGCCCCAGAAAAGACCAAGACAGAGACUCUGACCGCUGGAAAGACAAACACGUGGACCGUCCUCCACCGGAGGAGCCGUCUGUUGGUGACAUCUACAACGGCAAAGUCACCAGCAUCAUGCAGUUUGGAUGCUUUGUCCAGUUGGAGGGAUUAAGGAAACGAUGGGAGGGUUUGGUCCACAUUUCCGAGCUGCGUCGAGAGGGCCGCGUGGCCAACGUGGCCGAUGUUGUCAGCAAAGGCCAAAGAGUCAAAGUCAAGGUGCUCUCGUUCACCGGCUCCAAGACCAGCCUCAGUAUGAAGGAUGUGGACCAGGAGACGGGAGAAGACCUGAAUCCCAACAGGAGGAGAAACGUUGGCCCGGACGGAGGGGAAGAGAUCUCCAUGAGGAACCCCGACCGGCCGAGCAACCUGAACCUGGGCCACGCCCCGGAGCUCGAGCAGGACGACACCCUGGAGCGCAAGAGGCUCACCAAGAUUUCAGACCCAGAGAAGUGGGAGAUCAAACAGAUGAUCGCUGCCAACGUCUUGUCCAAAGAAGAGUUCCCUGAUUUUGACGAUGAGACGGGAAUCCUUCCUAAAGUCGACGACGAAGAGGAUGAAGACUUGGAGAUCGAGCUGGUUGAAGAGGAGCCACCGUUCCUGAGGGGACACACCAAGCAGAGCAUGGACAUGAGUCCUGUGAAGAUCGUCAAGAAUCCAGAUGGCUCUCUGUCCCAGGCGGCCAUGAUGCAGAGCGCUCUGGCUAAGGAGAGACGCGAGCUGAAGCAGGCUGCACGGGAGGCAGAGAUGGACUCCAUCCCCAUGGGGCUGAACAAACACUGGGUCGACCCGCUGCCAGACGCUGAUGGUAGGCAGAUUGCAGCCAACAUGAGAGGCAUUGGCAUGAUGCCCAAUGACAUCCCAGAGUGGAAGAAGCAUGCUUUUGGAGGCAACAAGGCCUCUUAUGGAAAGAAGACCCAGCUCUCCAUCCUGGAGCAGAGGGAGAGUCUGCCAAUCUACAAGCUGAAGGAGCAGCUCAUCCAGGCGGUUCACGACAACCAGAUCCUGAUUGUGAUUGGAGAGACGGGGUCCGGUAAGACCACGCAGAUCACUCAGUACCUGGCGGAGGCGGGUUACACCACCAGGGGGAAGAUCGGCUGCACGCAGCCCCGUCGUGUGGCCGCGAUGUCUGUGGCCAAGAGAGUCUCUGAGGAGUACGGUUGCUGUCUGGGACAAGAGGUGGGUUACACCAUCCGAUUUGAGGACUGCACCAGCCCUGAGACGGUGAUCAAGUACAUGACAGACGGUAUGCUGCUGAGAGAGUGUCUGAUCGACUCCGAGCUGGGUCAGUACGCCAUCAUCAUGUUGGACGAAGCUCACGAGAGGACGAUCCACACUGACGUCCUGUUUGGUUUGCUCAAGAAGACGGUGCAGAAACGCACAGACAUGAAGCUCAUCGUAACGUCAGCCACACUGGACGCCGUGAAGUUCUCUCAGUAUUUCUACGAAGCUCCCAUCUUCACCAUCCCAGGAAGAACUUAUCCAGUGGAGGUUCUCUACACCAAAGAACCUGAGACGGACUACCUGGACGCCAGUCUCAUCACCGUUAUGCAGAUCCACCUGACCGAGCCUCCGGGCGACAUCCUGGUGUUUCUGACUGGACAGGAAGAGAUCGACACCGCCUGUGAGAUCCUGUACGAGAGGAUGAAGUCGCUCGGUCCUGAUGUUCCUGAACUCAUCAUCCUCCCGGUUUAUUCUGCCCUGCCCAGUGAGAUGCAGACCAGGAUCUUUGACCCUGCACCUCCAGGCAGCAGAAAGGUCGUCAUCGCAACAAACAUUGCAGAGACGUCUCUGACCAUCGAUGGAAUCUACUACGUGGUCGAUCCUGGCUUCGUCAAACAGAAAGUGUACAACUCUAAGACGGGCAUCGACCAGCUGGUGGUGACUCCCAUCUCACAGGCUCAGGCCAAGCAGAGGGCAGGACGAGCCGGCAGAACCGGUCCAGGGAAGUGUUACAGACUGUACACAGAGAGAGCCUACAGGGACGAGAUGCUGACCACCAACGUGCCCGAGAUCCAGAGAACCAACUUGGCCAGCACUGUGCUGUCUCUGAAGGCGAUGGGCAUCAACGACCUGCUGUCGUUCGACUUCAUGGACGCUCCUCCCAUGGAGACUCUGAUCACAGCCAUGGAGCAGCUCUACACGCUGGGAGCUCUGGACGACGAAGGCUUACUCACACGGCUGGGUCGGCGGAUGGCAGAGUUUCCUCUGGAGCCCAUGCUGUGUAAGAUGUUGAUCAUGUCUGUCCACCUGGGCUGCAGUGAAGAGAUGCUCACCAUCGUGUCCAUGCUGUCAGUGCAAAACGUCUUCUACAGGCCUAAAGACAAGCAGGCCCUCGCUGACCAGAAAAAGGCAAAGUUUCACCAACCCGAAGGCGAUCACCUGACCCUGCUGGCCGUCUACAACUCCUGGAAGAACAACAAGUUCUCCAACCCGUGGUGUUACGAGAACUUCAUCCAGGCUCGCUCCCUGCGCAGAGCCCAGGACAUCCGCAAACAGAUGCUGGGAAUCAUGGACAGACAUAAACUGGACGUGGUAUCUUGUGGUAAAGCCACCGUGCGGGUCCAGAAAGCCAUCUGCAGUGGCUUCUUCAGGAAUGCAGCCAAAAAGGAUCCUCAGGAGGGUUACCGCACACUCAUAGACCAGCAAGUCGUGUACAUCCACCCCUCCAGUGCUCUGUUCAACCGCCAGCCUGAGUGGGUUGUUUACCACGAGUUGGUGCUGACCACCAAGGAGUACAUGCGGGAGGUGACCACCAUCGACCCCCGCUGGCUGGUGGAGUUCUCCCCCGCCUUCUUCAAAGUGUCCGACCCCACGCGCCUCAGCAAGCAGAAGAAACAGCAGCGCCUCGAGCCUCUGUACAACCGCUACGAGGAACCCAACGCCUGGAGGAUCUCUCGCGCCUUCAGACGCCGCUGACGUGGGUGACGUCACGAAUACGACACGAAAAUGUUUUAACAGCGAUGAUGAAGUCAGACUUGUCGUCCUGUACCGGACACGUGAUGAGACGUUCUUAUCAUUCGGGCUGUGUUCACUCCUCCUUUUUAAAUUUGUACAUUUGUUGGUGUCGUUAUUUUAGAAAUCGAGCAGACGUUUAUUUUUCAUAGCACUAACACAGGAACAAAAAAAUCUUCCACCUCUGUCCUUAGAAACGAUCUCCUGUGAGGAGACAGUGGACUAUUUCUUUGACUGUAAAAACAUCAUUUUCAUUACUCUCAGACUAUCGACGGAACAAGCAGAAAUGUUUUUGUACUAUAACUGUCACUCGUGUAUCUGAGACUGUUGCUUUGCUAAACUUGUCCUCAUUAAAUGCUACAUUUUCUUAA